CUUCUGAAUGUUGAUGUAGGUGUAUAGAACACUCGGCGAGAAGUACGGGGUGAAGUACUCGGAGGAUGAGAUCUUGAUGAGGUACCGCCAGGCGUAUGCGCAACCAUGGGGUAGAUCACGGCUUAGGUAUGUUGACGAUGGAAGACCCUUUUGGCAACAUAUAGUUAGUUCUUCUACAGGCUGCUCAAAUUUAGAAUACUUUGAGGAGCUUUAUCAUUACUAUACAACUGAAAAGGCCUGGCAGCUCAUCGACCCUGAUGCUAAAUACGUUUUCGAAGCAUUGAGAAGGGCUGGUGUAAGAACGGCUGUUGUAUCCAACUUUGACACCCGUCUCCGGCCACUUUUACAGGCCCUGAAUUGUGAUCACUGGUUUGAUGCAGUUGCUGUAUCUGCUGAGGUUGCAGCAGAAAAGCCAAACCCAACAAUAUUCUUGAAGGCCUGUGAGUUGCUGGAUGUGAAACCUGAAGAGGCUGUGCAUAUUGGCGAUGACCGUAGGAACGAUUUAUGGGGAGCUAGGGACGCAGGUUGCGAUGCCUGGCUUUGGGGCAGCGAUGUUCACUCCUUCAAGGAGGUCGCAGAAAGAAUCGGAGUUAGCGUGGGUAUGGGCAACUCUAUGUGAUCCCCUCCGGUUGCUCGCACUCUACAGUCUACACCAUAAGCCGACUCAACUGUGUGUGGCGGUCAGUGACACUUCCUCAGUUGCGCGAACCGCUACCCUUCCUUUCUUCCUGACGAGUAUGCUCGCCGAGCCCCUGAGCUUCAAUAAAAGGCUGGGAGGACGAGGUGUUCUAUACCUCCUUCCUGUUGUACAUAGUGCCGACCCUUCUUGCUCUCGGGUGCCUGGCUGUCUGCUGUACAUAUUUUUCCAGAGAACUGAGGGCAGCGUCUCUUGUGUCAGGCCUUAACUUUCCUAGUAGUAUAUAU